AUUGAUGAAAUCGCUCGACUGUUUGUUACGAUUGCGAUUUGUUGUCAUAUUAGAUAAUUUUUGUUAAAAUUCUUAUAAUUAAUAUAGCUCAGUAAGGUAAUUGAACCAGCAUUGGGGAAUAACCACCGAAAUGCCCAAAGCUGAACGAGAACAGCCCGAAACCUCCCUUGUCAGAACUGGUUGGUGAAAUCCGAAGAAAGAAGAAAAAAGAACUGUGCGUGUGUCUACGGUGUGAGCCCCGUGCUCGAUGUGUGUGACGAUGUUGAGGCAGUGCUGCUGACGAAUAUUGUUCCACCUCACCCGAAAAACUUGAAUCAGUCCAUAACCGAUGGCAAAAAAUUGCCAAAUUCAUCCCAGUACCUCGAAAGGUGUGUGCAAAUUGGUAUUGUCUGGCAAAGGAGAUUUUUGUUUGGAGGAUCUGAAAGUAAGUUAGAAGGCAAACAAAAAAGCCAAAAUUGGGGCGAUCCCAUCGAGUGAAAAAGAAAAAUUGUGAAUGCCCAACUACAAGUGGAAAAGAAGCACAAAAUGUUCCCGGUGGAUGGAAAGUUUACGGAAACCUAACACAAGAAGAAUUGUAAAACCGUGGUAAUCAAUUCGAAAAUAUUCUCAAAUAAGCUUAAUGAAGUGAAAGUUAUAUACCCGGAGCAGAAGUGUUCAAUGGAUAAACUUCGAUCUACGGGAGUGUCGAGAGUAGCCGUUAAAAAAUUAAUGGUGUUUGAUUCCUGAAUACAGCACAGUUCACUCAAGCUAUUUGGAUAUAAAAAGGUGGAGCCUGGAUCUUCGAAUCAACACAUGGAUUGUUGAGCAGGAUAAGGACCCGGAAAAUAACACUCAGAACGAAUGCCGACGAGUUAAAUGGCCAUCGGAAAAAACGCUACUCAGGAGAGAAAAUCGCUGCCAGUCGGAAGGAUAACAAGAAAGCUGAAGGCUGCCACCGAAAACGCAUCGACCGGAAACGAACAGAAGCAAACCGAAAGCAGAACAGUAUAAUUGCAUUUGAUGAGUUUUAAUGAAUGCGAAAGAAGAGAGUAGUUGAACUCCAGACAACUCGGCAUGGUGAAGAUAGUGCAGUCACGAUCAAGAGUUUGAACAACGGAGGAAGAGAAAGCAUUUGAAUUUCCUUGGGUGGGAAAAGUUUACUUGCCAUCGCACACCUCCCAUCGCUUCCGAACUGCACGACCGUGACCCAAACACGAGGAUUAAAAAAAAUCGCCCUCAAGGGACUCGAGUGUGAAUAAUUUAGCGUUAGUGUUUUGAGGCAAAAGUUCGUUGUCAAAGUUGGAACUAAGAGACAAGAGAGAAGAUAAUUGCAAAAGAACGACAAGUUAAACAAACUGAAAGUGAGUGUGUGCGUGUGAUUACAUCCGGAAAAUAAAUGCAGUGUAGUAGAGCAAAGCUUAAUGGGAUCUGAACCGAUCAUUUUCAUGGAACGUGCGACCCAAAAGGCUUCAACGGGAGUGUUUUCAUCUUCGGGCUUUCGUAUCACCUUCAAAAUAGUCCCGCAUCCUAUUUCUAUUCGAUAAUAAUUACAGUAGAGUAACGUAUCUGUAUUUCGAUUGGCAGAUAUUUUAGCGUGUUAGUGUAGUUAAUGAAUAAUAUAUAAUUCAUAUAAAUGGCUUUAAAUCUCGACGUGUAAAAUGUGUGUUAAUAUGAUUAUGCAAAGUAACUAUAAGCCACAAUCAAUCACAGUGCACUCGUAAAUUUGGGGACAAGUUAUACGUCACUUUCGAAAAUUCGUUGAUAAACUCAAUGUUCGUUCUCGCCGAUAUCGGUGGUACUGAAUCACCCUGAUCGAAAUCCGGAAAACGUAGCCACGGGAAAAACGUAACCUUCGAAGUUUCGUGAAUACAACGAUACUCGAACGAAUUCCAAGGACGGCGCCCUACACAGGUGCCAAAGGUGCCGCCUUCUUACAGGAGGGGGCUCCGCAGAGGCGCUAGGCUGCCAGCUGCAGGCGAUGCACCGAUUUGCGGAUCGACCGGGUGGACCUGGCCUAAGAUGGGGAGCGUGCUACUCACGGCGGUGUUCAUAGCGUUACAUUUUGCGACCGGCCUGGCCAACCCAGAUUCCAAGCGUUUAUAUGACGACCUGCUGAGCAACUACAACCGAUUGAUACGGCCCGUGGGCAACAAUUCCGAUCGAUUAACAGUGAAAAUGGGUCUACGGCUAUCACAGCUCAUCGACGUGAACCUUAAAAAUCAAAUCAUGACUACGAACGUGUGGGUAGAACAGGAAUGGAACGAUUAUAAGCUCAAAUGGAACCCAGAUGACUACGGUGGAGUGGACCAGCUCCAUGUGCCAUCGGAGCACAUUUGGCUGCCAGAUAUUGUGUUAUAUAACAAUGCGGACGGUAACUAUGAGGUGACAAUAAUGACAAAAGCAAUUUUACAUCAUACGGGUAAAGUAGUAUGGAAACCACCUGCCAUUUAUAAAUCAUUUUGUGAAAUCGAUGUUGAGUAUUUUCCCUUCGACGAGCAAACAUGUUUCAUGAAGUUUGGAUCCUGGACGUACGAUGGAUACUUGGUGGAUUUACGCCAUCUUCAGCAGACGCCAGAUUCGGAUAACAUCGAUGUGGGAAUAGAUCUGCAAGAUUACUAUAUAUCAGUUGAAUGGGACAUUAUGAAGGUGCCUGCCGUUAGAAAUGAAAAAUUUUAUAGUUGUUGUGAAGAACCAUAUCCGGAUAUUAUAUUUUAUAUAACGUUAAGGAGAAAAACUCUUUUCUACACCGUGAAUUUGAUCAUACCUUGCGUUGGUAUAUCGUUUCUCUCCGUACUAGUGUUUUAUUUGCCAAGUGACUCCGGUGAAAAGAUAUCAUUAUGUAUAAGUAUAUUACUGUCACUCACUGUGUUUUUUCUACUGCUGGCUGAAAUUAUUCCACCAACGUCGCUAACGGUUCCACUGCUAGGAAAGUAUUUAUUAUUCACGAUGAUACUAGUUAUAUUGUCCGUAGUUGUUACCAUUGCCGUACUGAACGUUAACUUUAGGUCACCCGUUACGCACAAAAUGGCACCAUGGGUGCAUCGAGUUUUUAUAGAACUAUUGCCAAGGGUGUUAUGCAUCGAGCGACCGAAAAAGGAAGACGAACCAUCCGACAUCGAAGAGCAACCGCCCGAAGUGCUGACAGACGUGUUCCAGGUUCCGCCGGAUGUGGAAAAAUACGUCGGUUACUGUGGGAAGGACUUCAGUACGGAUUUUGAUAUUCCUGCACUGCCACCAUCAAGGUUCGACGUAGCCGCAUCGGGUGGCGUUGGGCCAUGUUUUGGCGAGCCACCACUACCAGCACUGCCAUUACCAGGUGGAGACGACGAUCUCUUCAGUCCGACCAGCAACGGUGACAUGAGUCCGAACUGUUGCGGGGAUUUAAGCCCAACCUUCGAGAAGCCCAUGCUACGCGAAAUGGAGAAGACGAUAGAGGCUUCGCGAUUCGUAGCGCAGCACGUUAGAAAUAAGGAUAAAUUUGAGAGUAUAGAAGAAGACUGGAAAUACGUAGCACUCGUCUUAGAUCGUCUGUUUCUGUGGAUAUUCACGAUAGCUUGCGUGAUGGGCACGGCCCUGAUUAUCCUGCAGGCACCGAGUCUGUACGACAACACCCAGCCGAUCGAUGCGAUGUACUCCAAGAUUGCCAAGAAAAAGAUGGAGCUGCUCAAAAUGGGCAGCGAGAAUGUAUAGCAUCCGCCUGGGUUCGCAUCCGCCGUUUGGAAGUACAUUCUGAACUGGAUGCGAACCCUGGUCAACGAGGAUGGCCAUUAAGAAUCCGACAACAACAAAAUACAACGCCCCUAAAUUAACCACUCACACAUUCAUAGCGUACGGUGCAAGAAGAAGUGAGAAAGAAAGAGAAAGAGCAAGGAAAAAAAUAAAGAAAGAGAGAGAGAACGAUUGGAGAAAAACCCGACAGACUACUAAACAAAGCGAAAGUUACCCCACUCGCAUCGUCAGUAGAAGUGACGCUUUGGGUUUUCCACCGCUGAUGGAUUCCGGAAGGCCGCCUUGCGGUACACAAUCACAUUCGCCGUUCGCACCAACCACACUGCCAUCAUCUUUUAGCCGCCCGCUGCUGGAAACCGGGUGGGUGGGCCGAAGGGUGCCGUCCGUGCAGCCGAAGCCCGCCCAUGCGGAAAAAAGUGGUUUCUUCUUAUUCCACUCAGCCAGACACAUCACGAUACAACAAAAAAAUAAUACCGACCCGGGUGGGGCCGGAUCUGUACCGUCACCACUAUCAGCAACAGAUGGCGUUGCUGCUGCUGAACGAAGAUCCCGGAGCAUUACAUCCAGUCACGUGAGUCAACAGCGUUAUGAACUGCUACUGAUUGUUCGUUUUGUUGUUUUCUGUGUGUGGUUUUGAUUUCUCGAGAGGAAAGAAUGUCAAUAACAAUCAAAUUAAUGUUAAUACCGCACGUCAAACUGUAGUUUUUUAAUAAAACAAAACGGAGGGCAACUUUUUUAUACGAGGAAAGGAUAAAUCCGGUGAUUUCGUAGAGCAAAUUGCUUUUGAUUUUAACCAUCCCGUGUACGCGGUCAGUUUCAGUUACGAUAGAGCAAUACUACUGAAUCCGUUGUUGAUGUAAAUAAUGGCAGGAUAAUGGUUCGAUCGAUAAGCUUUCGAUUUUUGGAUAACAAAAAUUUAACAAAAUAUAACAAUAAGCAAGAGGAAGAUGAUACGAGUGCAAUGUGAUUGAUGAAAAUCAGAACUUAAGACGUAGCGUAAUUUGUUGAGCAGAGAACGUUAAAAACUUGGUGUAAAUAAUUGAAUUUUGUUAAAUAUCAAUCCUAGUGGUAUUUGGUAAGUUAGUAUUAGGACUAUAAGGGGAAAAAAUGGAAACGAAUUCUUAAGAUAGUUGAUAUUUUUUUAUAUUUGCCCCGGUAAAGGGCGAUGAAUUGAAAUGAUAGUUAUUUUUAAGUGACAAACAGACACAAAAGAGGAUAUCGUCAUUUAGUUAGACAUUGAAUUUGCAAAAAACAACUUUUAUACACUUAAACGGGGCAGGUGAAAAAAAACACACACACACACACUUCGUUAAUUUACCACGUGACGUAAACUGACACACUUUUUCUACGACGGAUAAGUUGUGUUCAUCACUCCAUUGCAAGAUAGCUGGGUUCCUGCAGAAAAUUUCGGCGAACAAAACUUGCAGGAGAAGCUACACCACCGUCAGCAAACAAAAUCAAACGACAGCGUUUCAAACUAUCUAAUUUUGGAUUUGAAAAUUGUGAAAUCUUCCUAGAGGGUGUGUAGGCGACAGGGAAAAGUUUUCGCAGUGGGGGAAAACGAACCGAAUCGAAAAGAUAAGCGAAGGGCUGUACCAGAAGUAGCAGAAUUGAACUGGAGCAGACUACGAAAAAGAACAAUCAGCAUGCACCGGUCUGAUAAUAAAGUGUCUUAUCUACAGGAAAUUCUACCAAAAUUCCCAAUAAAUGAAUGCUAAAAUUACUGCAGCCAAACUCCAGUGAGAAGAAACCGAUCCGGUUGUUUAAUCUUGCGUCUUUGAAGGAUGGCGAUUUGGCAGCGAUCCACAACUUGCCCACAUUUCAAAGAUCAAACGGAAACUUCCUAUAAUCACUAGAUAAAAAAAAAUUAAAAAAAAACAAGACAGAGUAACUGAAAACAAACGUGUAUGUAUUUUAUAUGACACAGUAUUAUUGGAGUAAACAACAUUUUCGUAAAACUAUAGGUGUACAUGUAGUUAGAUUUUAUAUCAUUGAAUGAAUUGAAGUUAAACUAAGAGCAACGUGGUAAUAAGCAAGUAUCAACUAGCGCGGCAAAGAUGCAGCGAGCAGUAGUUAAUGCAAUUAACAAUGAAUUUAUUCGUACUAACAAAAGUAAACUAUAACGUCACGAAGCUACACAUACAUUAAAACAAAAUACAAAGGAAAAAAAAUCUCAACGACCUUAUAGGACGGUUCGAAGAUUCAAAACAUUAACAAAAAAAAAUAACAACUCUCUCAUCACGUGUAGAGUUUCUCUUGAUUUGUAGACAAAUUAUAGCGAAUUUUGAAGAAAGAAAAACACAACAACAACAACAAAGUCAGAUUAGAGUUUUCUACAGGUCGCCUCUUCCUCACACUGGCGAUGAGUGGCAUGAUGCCGAACGAUAUUACAUUUACAUACAAAGCAGAAACUUCUCAUAGUUAACAGAAAUAAAAAAUCGUUAGUCCAUAUAGUGCGAACACAAAAAUAAGAAAAUUAGUAUGUCAGACAGACUUCGACUACUUGCAACAUUGGAUGUUAACAGUUGGAUCUAUCUUUUCCAUUCCAGUAUAGAGACAGUUCGUGUCAACGCGGUAUGAGCUAUUGUUUUUUUUUUAGCAACGAUUGUUAUUUUCCGUGUCUCCCCAUAAAAUCAGUUGCCAGUGGCCAGAGCUCAUCGGAAUACAUUAUCCGAAAGUGACGUAAAAGUUUGACGAUUUUAUCUAUGGCAACCAGAUAUUUCGGAUUUCAUCAGACACAAUACGAGAGGAAGUGUUAUUGACCGUAGGAGCACAGAAAACCGAUGUACAGGCUUGCGAAGGAAGUGUGUGUAAAGUUUGAAGUGCAGCUCGACCACAAGAAGCCAAAGGUUUGGAUGAAAGGAAAUUAUUAGGCUGAAGUAGUUUAUGAAGUUCGUGAAUAUCAUUUAAAUCAGUUCGUUUUUUAAGUAAUUAUCUUCACUUGAAAGUUUAUGUGACGCAACAGAGUUUAACUUUUAUGCAGCGAGAAAGCUCGCUCGGAGCUUGUUCUUUACUUUCAAGUUGCCAAAAAUUCCAUGCGUACUUUUGAGCGAGCAGCGAGAAAGUUUACACAAAACUUGGCUGAUUACACUGAGUCGCGUGAGCGAGUACCGUGCAUUUAAUUCCAGCAAAAAAUGACAUCUAUGUCGAAGUGAGUGCGAUGAAAUCUGCCAUUCGUUGCAUCGCAACGCAUGGAAUUCAUGUCAUUUUUUAUGUUGAAAUUAAAUUACCGAUGCUCGGUCGGGCGACUCCGUGCUAUUUGUCAAGUUUCACCCUAAGGUGCAUCAGUCCAAACACACCAAACUUUUGAUUUGUUACCAUUCAAUAUCGCAAACGAGCGGUUUAAAUCCCGGUUUAUUUCAAUCAUAUGUUGCUGCCAGAGUACAAGCGUCACGCAAAGCUUUGAGAGCUUGUUGUUGUUACAUUUUACAAAAGCAGUAUUGCCAGAGUGAAUGUGAUGCAUUCCCAGUACAUUGAAUUGAAACGUUCCCCGUUCGUUCUGGCAGCAACCAUAGGCCAAAAUAAAUAACAUUCGACAAGUUUCCCAACAGCAUUAGUCAUGAAAUUAUCUGUAAAAGAUAAGCGAACCACGAUUUCGUUCGGAAACGAAGUAUUGUAAUUCUGAGACGAACAGUCGAAUAGGCGCCAGAAGAGAGUAACAAUAUUUCAGCCGUAAUUUUUACAACACAAGAAAAAAAAUCAUCCGAAAUGCUGGCAAUUCCUUAAUUUCAUAUUGGAUUUGACAGAUUGUUUGAACGUCGUAUGGAGCGACACUGACAAAAAAAGUUUUGUUCCAAACAAACAAUUAUAGCCACUAUCCAUUUACACUCACCUUAUUUUCAUCGUAAAGCAAAUUCGAAUUUCUCACAGAUUAUUCUCUAGCCGGGACAUCUGUUUUCUGUGGUGUGAAGUCCAACGUGUUUGGCCGCUUUGUAGUGAUUAUGCUAAUGAAAUUAUUGAGCAAGUUUUCUGUAGCCCAAGAUUGAAAUAAUUAUGACCAUUUUCCUUUAAUCACAUUAACAAAAAUUUAAUUGGUGUGUAGUUAGCUUUACCAUUGCGAAAAAAUACUUCAAGAAUUCGCUAUUUUACAUCUGCAGCAAAGGGUGACAUUUUAUAAGACAUGUUUGAUGGAUUGAUGAAAUCUGAUUUUACCACUAUACUAAACACAGGUUUUAUAAUCAAGCAUAGCAGAAUAGAGUUCUGCUCAAAAUUUACAAGAAAUGCGUAUGAAAAAAAAACAACUAUUCUCGUUUUGUACAUGUUUUAUUCAUUAUGUUAUCAUUAAUAUUAUAUUUUUACAUUGGCGCUGUAAAUUUGAAUCACGAUAAAAUCUGAAGAAAGAUAAGUCUCUUUAGAUGCAACGGAUUUAAAUAACGUAACUAACAAACUUCUUACUCUAUGCCAACACCCAGUGAAUUUCGUCGAGCCGCAUCGGUUCGAUCAUCGGUCCGAUUAUCAGACCAAUUGAGCACGACAUCGGUCCGAACACAGCGCUCCGAUCGAGCCGUCAUCGGACUAUUCUGCACCAUUUGCAUCAAUUGCGUCAACCCAAAAGAAUAUAUCGGACAGUUCUGCACCAUUCGGCUGUAUCGGACCGACUUUGACCCGAUAGCGUGCUAUAGAUUCUAUGACCGCCGUUAUAUUGCUUGUUUUGUUACUUUCUUCACACUUUUUCUAACACGAAACACAACGUAAAGCUUCGAACACGAUUCGUCUAAUAUUCGAAUUUACUAGGCAAUGAUCCACUGUACACAUUAGAACUAGGCGAAAAAUUUACCGAGAUUUGCAACCCAGAGUGCUCGGUAAUAGUCUCGACAAAAUGUGUAAUUACUGAGAAAUAUGACAAUCCAAAUUUGAUAACUGUCAAAUAUUGCCGAGAUUGUCAGCAGUAAUAAAACUGAUCGCUCGGAAAACCCGUUCAGGAUUAAAUCUUUAAAAGCCAAGUCAUCAACUAUCAAGCGUAAAAAAGACUUUUCUUCAUUAUUGCAUGAAAUACUUGUCAUGAAAGUUAAGAUUGAAGAAAGAGGGUGUUUUGAUAUUGCUAAUUUUUUCAAAAUAAAAACAUUGCGCCUGAAACCAUUGCUCCUCAACGCCGCUGGAAUUAAGCAGAUAUUCAAAAGUAAAUUUGAAAAGUAGAUACUUUUUUUAUUCACUUAUCUUUUAACAAAUUUCGGUACAACCAUUUCAUAUACGAAUACCACUAGUUAGAGUGAGAUUUGCUAUCUCUGUUCGAUGGAAUGACUUUAAGGGUAAGAUGAAAAUAGGUGCCAUUCAUUGGAGCUUUCGCGUCGCAAAGUUUGUCGAACUAUUUUUUAUGCGGUUUUUAUUCUUGAGCGGCCCAUACACCUUCAGUUUUCCGGACAGUUCAAAUGAACAUUGGACGGAAAGGUUAUCUGAACUGAGCGUGUGUUUCGUCAGGCCAGUUUUGUGUUGUGUCUUCAUGGCAGUUUUUUUCAUGGAACAACAUUAUUCUGAUUAAUAGAAAACUGGAGGACUGAACGAUUAACUGAACAACUGUUAGUUAAUCGGAUGAAACUGAACUCGAGAGCUUCAGUAAAAAACCGGACGUUUGGCCGGAUUAAUUCCUUAGCCACUUCAGUUAAUCGUUCUUUUCUAACGUCACACACGAGAAACUGUCCGGAAAACUGAACGUGUGCGGGUCGCUUUAGAGCCGAAGCAUAGGUAUUGUAUCUGAUUUUAUCACAGUUUGUUGAUUAAAAGUCGAGUAAUCAGCAAAACAACAUGGCGACUAUACUAAUAAGAUGAUUAUUGGUACAAUAGCAAUACAUGUGACAAGUGACAGAUGACAAAUGUUUGUCGAAUUGAAAUAGUUUUUCCAUUGUUCGAAGUUUCGACAAUCGGAUUUGCUGAUUUGUUUCUGCAAUAUUUUACACUAAACUUCGGCAAGAAAUGCGCUCUAUCGAGAUACAAAAAUAUUCCUCAAACGAAUUUCGGAAAAGAGCACGUGGAUUACAGAAUAAUCAGUGUAAUUUUGUGUGGCCCAUUUCGAGAAUAGGUUUAAGUGUUUACAUAUGAAUAUGUUGUAGUGAUUUCGUGGUUCGAUUCUGUAUCACUUUGCACAAAGAUUUAUAGCGAGAAAAUUCUGAAGAAGGUGAAAACUAGUGAUCCUACAACAAGUGAUAAAAGUGAUGAUAGAAAUCUUCGUAGACAACGAGAUAAAUACAACAAAAACUCUGGCACCCCUGGCAUUUGUAUUUGUGUGCGAGUGUCUUUUCGAAUAUUUGAGUUUGUUUACUUGUAAAGUAUCACACUUGUAGCAAAAAUUAAGUGUAUCCAUCAGUUUUGCUCAAAUUCAGUGAGAAACAGCACAAAGCAUUCAUAAUUUAUUGUAUUUGUAUUCCUUCGAAUGUCAUACCAUAUACUCACUAUAGCAAUUGUAAACAAGCAGAUUGGAGACGCUUUUGACAGUUCAAUUGAUAUCAUAAUAAUGUCUCCACUGAUCUUUGGUUGCCGGAAUAAUUAGUAAAAACGAUAAACAACGAAACAUCAAGUUUUCUACUGUUCAUAUCGUAGAUUUUUCGAUUGUUUCGCGAUUCGUACUUGUCUAUGAUCAGAGAAAUACGAAUACAUAAUUGUGCGCUGCAUCCGUACUUAUUACAGUGACGUCGUUAUAUUCAAUUAAAGGCAACGUUACAAAAACGACGGAUUAAUAGUGUCAGAAACAUAACCGAAAUGCCGUCAACCCUUUGGUGACCUAUAACCCCGAGCUUAACUUGUGGCGCCACUAUUCAAUGUCACAACGCAUGACUCAUGUCCUUGUUGGCAAUAGCUAGCGCAACUAUUCGAUAUCAUACUUUCAUCAUGGAUAAACUUGAAACACUUCCUGUUUCACUAUAGAUCAGCUCAUAUUGUAAACAGUUAGAUCGAUGUUUUGGUCCUCAAAAGAACCGAUUUAUAAAACUUCUUCGAUGGUAAUCUAUUUCUUAAAGGCGGAGAAUCAUCAAGAAAUAUCGAUGAAAAAAGUGUUCUUUUGUGUGUUUAUAAUUGAUGUUUUGCUAAUACUAAUCAAGGAAAAAUACGGAUGAUUUUUUGGAUUUUUUUUCAUUGGUCCUUAAAAGAAUCGAUUAUUUGAAUUUCCCCGGUUUUUGAAAACGUCAUCAUCUUUCUCGAAAGUAUAGCAUCAUUUUAAUAAACUUGGUGGUCAUUAACUUGUCGGUUGUCAUUUUUUUGUAGUACCACACAGAUUCUUCGAAUAAUAAAUUUGAAAUUUUUACCCACCAGUUUGACUGCCUGGCGGACAGCGAUGAUGCUUAUCCGCUGCUAUGAUUGGCAACUAAUUGUGUGAAAUCAAUGUCUUAACGUGCUGUACUUUCUAAUUCAAAAUAACAAAUAGUUCAAAAUUAUUACAUCACAGUUACGAGAAUAUUCUUCUUGCAUAGUUUCUGCUUUUUAGAUAUCAGGAAUCAGAAUUAGAACUAAUUGGCUCAAGUGGCACGUUCCCCUAGUAAGAAACUAAUCAUCGUAAAGCAAAAAGCAAAACAGUUUUUUGGAAUGAAAAAUUUCCAUCGAGAAAAAACAAAAUUUUUCGUUCCUUUUUCUGCAUUUUUAAUUAUUAAUAACUGUUUUAAAUAGAAAUUAAUAUUUUUGGUUAUAGUUGGUGCCAAUUGGUUCAUGUUGAUACGUGCAAUAGUUUUGGAAUACGAUUGACACCCAGCUGAAAAAAACGUGGUAUCGAGAAAAAUCCGAACAAAGUUUUUAUUCGCGAUUAAUCGUGCCUGGGUGCGCACCGUCCCCCCUUUUUUCUACAAACUUCACGAUCGUGACUAAAACUGUAUCAUUUCUAAAAUAUUUUUUUGGACUUUUUGGAAAAUUGCUUGGAGAAAUCUGGCCUUAAGCGAUGUUUUACGAUAAUAUUUAGAAAUUCACUUAACAGAUUCUCAGAGGACACGGGACUCGAACAUACGACAACUGGCCAGCGCCGUAUGCGUUGAACCGACAACCCAAGCCUUGUUAAGCCCUGGUAUCUAAUACUUCGUACCGUGAGUUACAGCCCACUGUUUUGAAGUAAUACUCAAUUCUAAUGAAAAUUUAAUUCAAUUGUUUUCGGUUUGAAAUGUGUGAUGGGUAAUUCAGUUAACAGAACAAAUUGGCUCAGAUGACACGUUCCACUGGUAACGAUGUCGGCCUACACACGGAUAGAAGCGAUUCGGCAAAGCUGUUUCUAUCUGCUUUUAUUUUGCGCUGAGUUAAUGUAAAAAUAACGCAUAAAUUUGCCUGGUUGAUAUACCAUUGGAAUUUUGUGUUUUGUAAUUAUUAAAGCUUACCUGAAAUGCUAUUCUGGAGACCAUGAAUCAAUUUCGGAAGUUCUAGAUUUCGAAAGAAAAACGGUGCAAAUUAUGAAAUUCGUUAUUUCAAGGGAGUUUAGUCUUGGUUCGAAACUGGUUUUAAACAAACAGUUUGGAGGGGAGAUGUUUUAAGUAAAAACGACAUUAAAAGUUUGGACAUUUCGCCAUAGUACACGCUCAGUACAAAAUAUGAAACACUUUCGAAUAAUUUGCCUUUCUAUCGAGAGAAAUUGUAACUGUUAUACAAUUUUCAAUUCGUUCGAGAUUAUUCUGUUCGUAUUUUGAUUCAUAAUAUUUAGUUACCUAUUUGACAAACUUGAUAUGAGAGCAUUUGUGAAAAUAAUAAUCAAGAAAUUAACAAUUUGAAGGUGGGUAACGUAUUAUUUAGACGGAAGUUCUCUGGUGUAUGAGUAGGAGGCAAAGCCCUGUUAUGAUUGAAAUGCUCCAUUGAAACAAACAGAUAAACUGUCCAAAGAGUUCAGACCCAACUAACUUGCCGACCACUCUGAGCUCGAAAUUAAUUCUGGAAAAUGUUCUGCGAGUCAGAGUGUGAGCCACCGCUGAGUCCUGUUGAAAACCCCCCAUUUCGUGGAACCAACAAGACGACGUGCCCCCGGUUCGACGGCGGUCUAUACAACUUGUCCCUGCUAAAGAUUUUGAUUGAUUUAUACUCAAAUCUUCAGGACAAAAAACCAUCGGAGUCCGGUUAUCUGAUCUUUACUUUAGCUUUCAAGAUGUGACACAGACUUCGUUCCAAUACAUUGAUAUACUCUGUCAAUUUAAUGACUCUGACUCAUCCGGGAUUACACUAGUCUUACAAACCGAAUGUCGUAUGUUCGAACCCAGGCUUAGAAGGAUCGUGACAUUCACCAUGUAAUGGUUCUGCACUCUGCAAUUCGUUGGUGUCCAAUUUCACAAAAGAAAUGUAACAUCAAGGUUUUGCAUUACGCUAAGGAUUUCUCUUAAGACGCCUUUUGUCGAUCUUCGUUAUGGCUGGUGUCAACACUAAGGAUGACUUUUAUCGUAUCAAAGAACGCUCACUAGCAACUCUUCACACGAUUCAAUCAAUGCCAUCAAAGAGAGAUGGAUAUCAUCGCAGCAACAAAAAUCAGCAUGGUACAUUUAACAUAGAAUUAGCUUUUGCAUGAACAUGACAUAACCUCACAAAAAUGAACAAAAUGAAUCAAUUUUGACAGAUGUCCGUGGUUUGUUUGUUUGUUCAUUGCGUUAAUUCUCAUUUGAAUACGUGUAAACAAAUCACUGAUAGCUGUGAAAAGAUUAACUUGAUUCAUCGGCAGUUCAUCGGUAAUUCAUUCGAGUAGUCAUCGUGCAAAACCUAAUUAGGUUUUUUAUCGUCACUGCUAACCUCAAUCGGAUGAACACAUUUUGACAGUUCAGCGGUACUGUUUGUAAACAGACUUUUUUUGUUUGUCUGUUGACAAACGGAUGAGACCGUUCACGGUCCAUAUCGCUUAAAUAGAGUUUAAAAACAUUAGUUAAUGAUUCGGUAGGGUUCGUUUCAAAGAUUGAUUAAAUAAAAGUGGCUGGUUGUGGAGUGUAAAGAUGAUUGUUUUAGAUAUGUUCCUCGAAUUUGUUCAAGCUUGUUUGUAAACAGUACCGUUGAACUGUCAAGGAUGAAUUUUUGUUAAUUUGUGACGUCACGAUAAAAAAUUUACUAGACACCAGUGCGAGAGCGAAUUUCUCUCGAUGCCCUGUCUGAGAAUCAAAGGCUAGCACGCUGCUGUGGGGAUUCUCUCUGAAGCAACAAACGGUCACUUAUUCUCGUUUCGCGAUCCGAUUUUGUAUGGGCAGUGGAUAAUUGAGAUAGAAUCACUCUGUUAUUGCCGCUUAUUCUAAAGGGUGAUUUUUUAAGAGCUUGAGAACUUUUUUAAACAAUAAAACGCAUAAAAUUUGCAAAAUCUCAUCGGUUCUUUAUUUUAAACGUU